AUGAAGUUCUCCCUCUUCGCCUUGACGGCCAUUGUGCCAUUUGCUGCCGCACACUUCAAGUUGAUGUACCCCACCUCACGUGGCUUCGACGAGGAUACCAUGGCCAAUUUCCCUUGCGGUGGAAUGGGCCAGUCCUCUAAUCGCACCAAGCUACCCCUGUCCGGUGGCUCAUUCCCUGUCGCUCUUGAGAUGCACCAUUCCCAAACUGCCGUGGAGGUUCUUCUUGCUCUGGGAAAUGAGCCAGGAGACAACUUCAACAUUGUCCUGUCGCCAACUUUCCGGGUCACCGGCCUGGGCGAGUUCUGUCUUCCUCACGUCGAGAUCAAUGAGAAGUUGAUUGGCCGUAACCUCACCAACGGAAUGAACGCUACUCUUCAGGUGCAGACUAACGGCGACCCCAGUGGUGGUCUAUAUGCUUGCGCCGAUAUCCAAUUCUCCUCCGACGUCACAUACCAGACACCAUCUGCCUGUACCAACAACACCAAUCUCGCUGCAACUGCCUUCCCCAAGGAUUCGGCUGUGCGUAAUGCCAACGAGUCUACUGCUGAUGGUCAAGCACAGAGCGGAUCUUCGUCCUCGUCCUCGUCCUCCACUUCCGCCUCUGCUCCCACUUCCACUUCCAAGGGUGCUGCUGUGCCGAUGCAGACCGCCGCUUGGGGGCUUCUUGGUGCUGCUCUCGUCGGUGGUAUUGCUGUGCUGUAA